AUGUACCCCGCUGGUUUGGUGGUCACUACGGUAGGGACGGCGGCCGUCGUGGUCCCGAUGAUGUUACUCGGCAAGAGGGCGGAAUGGCAGAAGACCAUGCCGCAUGUCCACUUAUUGUCUGUGAGGGAUGCCACUCUCGCGUCAGUGGGGGGCUUGUUUACAAACAAUACAACAGAAACGAUCAGUGAUGAUACCGUUGAAUCCUUGCCAAUAUCCAAGCUCAAAGAAACUGAUACGGACUUCUUAGUGGGCGAUGCAGAAGCUGACACAACGGAAUCAUCCGAUACGGAAGUCCGCAGGAGUCUCAGGGUGUCGGCGCUAAUAUCAGCUAUAAGAACUUCUAAGCCUUUCACAGCUGCCGUCUCCAUUAUCGGUUAUGUGACCAAGCCGUUCUCAAUUGCCGCCUCCAAUGUAAGUCACGCGAGCAAGCGCAUGGCUGAGCGUACCAUGACUGCAGUGGUGUGGGUUCGCUCGCACCCAUUCAUCAUUGUGGGGACAACCACCGCCGUGACCGCGACGCUGCUCAGGGCACGUAUUGCCUAUACACGCUUCAUGACAAGGAGGCUCAUGAUGGCGAUGGAUGAUUCGGAGAAGGUGCAGCUGUACAUUGCGCCGCGCUCAGGGGCUGCACUUUGUGCCUCAAUGCCAUGCGUCGCGGUGGAGACGUUCCUGCGCCUCGCGAAGAUUCCCUACGAUGCGCACAUCAUCGCUGACCCCGCUGUGUCUCCUACAGGGAGCCUUCCGUGUAUUCGAUAUAAGGGCAACUGUGUGAGCAACUUUAGCCCCAUCAUGGACUGCCUCAGGAGCACCUUCAAGAUCAGACUGGACACUCAUAUCGGCAAGCAGGAGAUGGCUAUUGGCACCGCACUCGCAGCAACGCUUAACUACUCUGUUAGGCGGGCCUGCGACCGCCCCCAGACUGUACAUGUGGUAGCGGCACUGCAGCAGAUGCUUUCCAAGCUGCAGCGAACCUUCUCCACGUGGCGCUACGGUGUGCCGGACCAGAGCCAGAGCAAAUGGCAGCUCCUGCUGGACUUCCAGGCAAUUGAGCACAUCAUCGGCAGCAAGAUGUACCUGCUGGGGUCGUCCCCUACUUCAUAUGACUGCGCCGUGUACGCAGCAUUGCUUCCGCUUGUUGAGGUGAAUGAGACGGCGCACGCCCGGGAUCCUUUCACCUACGUCGCGCAUAGCAAAGUACUGACGGGCUACGUGCGGCGCAUGUCACACACCGUCUUUCCUGACCUUGAUGAUUUGGUCAAAGCGUAG